AUGGAUUCCCACGUUGGUCUCGACUACAUCGUGGAUAAUCCCGAUUACUGCGUCAAACUCGCCUCGGCCUUGGACACAGCCUGCGCGUCGGUGAAGAAACAAGUGGUGGAAUUGCUAUCGGCGCUUUGCGUGUACAGCCAAGAUGGAAGGCAAAGAGCCAUCGACGCUCUUCACGAGUAUCAGAAACGAAAAGGCGAACGCUACCGAUUGCGAAUCGUCGUGGAAGAGCUCCAGAACGCAACUGCCGAGGAUUAUCAAACGGCGUUACUGGCAUUUAUUAAUUGCCUGGUCAUCUCUACGCCGGUGCUGAAGGAUCGCAUAAGAAUCCGCAACGAGUUCAUCGGCUUGAAGCUUCUUCCGAUUUUGAACGAGCUACGGAAAAGCGACGCUCCGGACUUGAGGGUACAACUCGACGCGUUCGACGAUCAACGAGAGACCGACGAGGAAUUGUCGAAUCACGGACCACCCGGGAUCGAUCUUUCUUCUCACGUGGACGUGUUUUACGCGAUUCUCGGUCAAAUCGCAGACACACCGCAGGAAAUACCCUUUUUAAGCAUUCUUCAACAUCUGUUGCGACUGGAUCCGAAGGAUGCCGCUAGCGAUUUAGCGUGGGACACGGCGGAGACGUUGGUGCACAGAGCUACGCUGUUGGAGAACAGAGAAGACGCUACCAAAUUGUUACGAUCACCCAGCCUUCAAACGAAUCUAUGUUGUCACUGCCGAGGAACCGAUCAGACGUGCGGUACGUCUCGAAAGGCAUCAUUGCAGGUGAACAAUUCGGGAUCAGCGUCUCAGGCUUCGCCGCCUUUGCCACCUCCGCCUCCACCUGCCGGAUCGUUGGCUCCGAAUCAAGGCCGCGUUUUGCCGCCACCACCGCCUCCGCCCCUUUUCGCCGCCAACGCGACGCAGGCCGAUGCAUCGAUGGAUCCUCCGCCCAUACCGCCGCCGUUGCAUGUCCUACCGGUCACACGGGCGCCCACCCCCGAGCAACCGAAUAAUCACGCGAGACUUUUGCCGCAACAGGAAAUACCCACCCCGAAGGCAAAAAUGAAAACUAUCAAUUGGAACAAGAUACCUAAUCACAAGGUGAUCGGUAAACGCAACAUUUGGUCUUUGGUGGCGAACGAGCAUCAAAAUUCUCCUAUGGCCGACAUAGACUGGGCAGAGAUGGAGGGAUUAUUUUGCCAACAAGUGCCGCCUAUGAUGCCCGCUGCAUCGUGUUCCUCGCACGGCGCCAGUUCCGACGCUGAAAAACGUCGUCGUGAACCGACCGAGAUCGCACUUCUCGACGGCAAAAGAAGCCUGAACGUGAACAUAUUCUUGAAACAAUUUCGAAGUUCGAACGAAGACAUAAUUCGACUUAUAAAGGAGGGCGGCCACGACGAUAUCGGGGCGGAGAAGUUGCGCGGCCUUCUCAAGAUCCUGCCCGAGGUGGACGAGCUGGAGAUGUUGAAAAGUUUCGACGGCGACAAGUCGAAGCUCGGAAAUGCCGAGAAAUUCUUUUUGCAACUGGUUCAAGUGCCAAAUUACAAACUACGGAUAGAAUGCAUGCUGCUGAAAGAGGAAUUCGCGGCUAACAUGGGCUAUCUGGAACCGAGCAUCAAUUCGAUGAUACUGGCCGGUGAGGAUCUCAUGACGAACAAACCGCUUCAGGAGGUUCUCUACAUGGUUCUGGUCGCUGGAAAUUUUCUCAACUCGGGUGGUUACGCGGGAAAUGCCGCGGGGGUGAAGCUGUCCUCUUUACAGAAAUUAACUGAGAUUCGUGCGAAUAAGCCAGGAAUGAAUCUGAUACAUUACGUUGCUUUGCAAGCCGAAAGAAAGAGGAAGGAUCUGUUAGAUUUCGCCAAGAGUAUGACCGCUUUGGAAGCUGCCACUAAGACCACGAUCGAGCAGCUGAACAACGAAUUUAACGCGCUGGACACGAAGAUUAAGAAGAUCAAAGCACAGAUUCAAUAUCCUUCAACGGAGAUUGACAUACAGGAACAGAUGGCACAAUUUUUGCAGAUGGCGGAACAAGAGAUGAGUCAAUUGAAACGAGACAUGGAAGAGCUGGAAACCCUAAGGAGAUCGCUUGCUGAAUUUUUUUGCGAGGACGCGAACACUUUCAAGAUCGAGGAAUGCUUCAAAGUGUUUCAUCAGUUUUGUCAGAAAUUUAAUCAAGCUGUCGCCGAGAAUGAGAGACGCAGAAUCCAAGAGGAACAAGUCUUGGCGAGGCGCAAGCAACGAGAGGAACAGUUGUUGGCUAAAAAACGACUAUUAACCAAUCAAGCCGAGGCGCCAACAUCUGAAUCCGAAUCUAAUCUACUAGACUACGAUCCAAUCGAUUUCAAUGCCAGUAUACUUCAAAGAAAUUACAAUCGCAGCCACGAGGCCAAGAUCAAACGAUUGCAAAACGGAGGAGUUACUUCCGACGACGACGUCUCGAUUACCGGCUCGCCGAGUAUCCGACGACGUCUAGGUUCCUGUUCCGGUGGAACCAUCGACCAUCAGUCUGCCAAAGAAGAAACAUAUUCUCCAGAUGUUACACCGAACGGUACCCUCCGACGUCGCAGAAGUCGGAUACCAUGCGAAGACGACGACGGUAAUCUGAUGGACUUCUUGAGAACAUCGGGUCAAGAUGGUAGUCGCGAAAGAAAAUCUUGGGGUAGUUUAGAUCGUUCCUGGGCGCGAAGAGCUCGCGGUCAGUCUCGCAGAAGCGAUCUACUGAACGCCGAUUUCUCGGGUGAUCGCGAAAGGCCGAGUUCGCCGUCGCCUUUGGUGGAAAGCAAACCGUUCUUGCAAGAAGAAGAAACGAAACCUGCAGGAAAAGCGUGGCGGCAGAAGAUCGAAGCGUGGUUGUCGGAAAACGAAAAGGAAGAUCGUGCGGGUGAAGAACUUCAGAGAAAAGCGAGACAACUGCAUCAAGCGAAUCGACGGUCCUUCGAAGACUCGGAAAGCGAAGGCAAAACGAACACCCCGACCGAAAGUAAUUCGACGCGCGAAGCGUAUUCCGAAGUUUACGACUGGCGUCCGUCGGUCGAGAAGACGGACGUGAUGCGGACGAUGGAAGCAAUCGAAGAAGCGGAGACACAUCCAUCGCAAAAGGACAAAUCCCCGUGGCGAAAGUCUAGUUUGAACGUACCAAAUAGUAUGGAAGAGACUGAUCCUCGAUAUUCUCGUAGAUUAAGAUCAAGACUCAGCGCGGAUAAUGUUCUCACGUUGAGUACACUGCAGUCCAUUAAAGAGGAAGACCGAAAGAGGAAUAAGAUAAACGACGCUAUGAGCGCGGAUGCUCAGGACGAGUUGACGAUAUAUCUACGCCAACCGUACACGAAUUCACAGGCCUCUACUUCGCGGAGAUUCACGAAGUUAAAGAAGGGCACGGAAGAGGAGAGGAUCAGCGACAAGAUCGAAAUCGACUCGGACAACAUCGAAACUCCACCGGCAACUAGGAAAUUAUUUAGUCCACCGAAAGAGGUGAAGCCGGUGGAGAAGGAACCGUGCAAGAGGGAACGUUGCAACGGUUCCUUCCAGAGUAGAGACCUCAAGAACGCGGCGGUGAAAAACGUAAACGGCGGUACUGAUUUUGGUGCAGGGAACUUUGAUCGUUACUCGGCGGCAAGAAGAACGCGAAGAUACAAAAAGAGCCAGGAUCCUGGGGAGAAAGAAUCGAAGCAGGAAAUAGCAAACACCGAAUCGUUCGAUGAGAAACCGAUGCAACGUCCGCAUACUCUACCAUUGUCCGAAGAGGGAGAGGGCGAUGAUUUCAUGUUGCGCACCUGGCAAGAUAAAUUAAAGCGGCGCGAAGCGUCCUCGUUCGACAUCGAUACCGCACUAGCUGACAUCGUUCGUUCCGGUGAGGAUCUUCAGCAUUUAUCCCGACCAUUGACGCACCGAAGCUCGAGAUUACCGGUCAGCCAACCACCGCCGGUCGUCGCGGUGACGAAUACCGUGCUCAGCCCCGUGAUGCAGGAAUCGCGACCCCGGGAACCGUCGUUGACGGUUCUGCCGGAGAGAGCGGUUACCAGCCGGGAACGACAGAGGAGCAUGAUCGAUCCUAGUCAAGUGAAGGAGGCGAUCCGAUUGGCGAACAAUCCGCCGAGUCAGGUGAACCAGAGCAAUCGGAACGACGGGACUACGACGACGUCGCGAUCGAGAAAGUCCGACGACUCUCGGAAAGAAGAACGAAUCGAGGAUCGAACAGACUCGAUCGAUGACUCGAAACGACGAAAAACGAACGAUCAGAUCCGAUCGGAUACGACCGAUACUUCCCCGUUUCACGGUAGAUACGUUCCUGACAUAAACGUCACUUCUCCACCCGCGUUACCCUCUUCCGCGAAAGGGCGAGAAUUAGAGAUGAACGACGAAGGAUUCGAAGAAACGCAGAGCUUAGUUUCGGAGACGCUUAGUCAAGAAACGUCGUCCGGAAAUUACGAGACAGACACGCACGACUCGAUAAGAUGUUCACCCGCAGAAUUACGGUACACAGGGAACGAACACGAACGGGUUCGUGGCGGAGAGACCGGAUCAACGAUCGAGAGCGCUUUGAAAUCGUCGUCGAUCAAAGCGUUCGAUCCGCAAGCGAACGCGACGAAACGCACCGCUGAAAAAUCCAGCUUCCUACCGAAACGAACCACCGGUAUAAAACGAACGGACGUUGGGUCUAGGAAAACGGAAUCCUUACAGAGGAACUCGAAUCAAACCCUUCGACCGAAUAACAAUCAGUCCCGUAACGAGGUUGAACGUUCGGGAUCGAGAAGCAGUCUACGGAGUUCGCGAAGUUCGUUGAACAGCGCCACUUCCGUGAACACUGUAAGAAACUUGGUGCCAAAUCACGCUCACCUUCGUACUUACACGUCCGCUAUCUGCGCGCUGACCAACGAUCUACGAAAAAGUCCGUCGAACGGUCCACCGCUUCCAAAGGGUGCAGAAAAACGUCGCGCCAAUCCGCGCGCAACCGUCAGUAGAAUACCCGCUAGUAGAAGCAGCAGCAGCGGAAGCAGCGUCGGUCCUACAGCGAGAACCGUUCGCAAAUCUAUCGGGGCAACGAUCGAAGCGCAAAAAGGAAGCAAAGGUCGAACGAUCGCUUCGCGUAGCAGCAGUAGCGGAAGCGGCAGUAGUACCGGACAACAGUCCGCUCAAUUAAAUCGAUCGAACAUCGGACAAACGACAAACACGAAAAGUAAGUUGAUUCAGCCAAGAGCCGGAGCUAGGAAUCACAGUUUCAUGAGACCAACCGCAGCGAGCGUGAACAAAGGUUCUACUCCGAAUCUACCACGAAGCAUCAGGGGAUUGGUCAAAUGA